UAAAAGCCACCUCUUGACCACAGAUCGACACAACCAUCCGGGUCGCAGAAGCCUCUUGUGGAGUUCUCAGACCAGCAUAAGCAAACUAGACAUGAAGAUUCUGGCAGCUAUCUGUGUGCUCGCCGUCGGCGUCAGCGCACAGGUUGGGCAUUCAGGGAUCAUCAGUCCCGAUGGUGUCAACACUCAGUUCUCUCACGACUUCGCCAAUGAUAUCGCAUUAAUAGGACCUUCCGGCAUUGUUACCAAGUCUGGGAAUAACCGCCAGCUGACUCACGGUGAGGCUACCCUGCACGUGGCCACCCAUCCUGCCCCCGUGCCCGUGCCUCAGUUCGUAUCCCAGAGAGGUGUCAUCGGUCACUCAGGAAUUGUCCGCCCUGACGGUAAUAAUGUCCAGUUCACCCAGGAUCAGGUCGACAACAUUGUUCUGGUUGGACCUUCCGGCAUCGUCACCAAAGACGGCAGCAACAUCCAACUCACUGAUGACCUCCACUUUGUCCCCCGCACCAAGCGUUCGGCCCCUUUAAUUGGACCCUCUGGCAUGAUCACUGCUGAAGGUAUCCCCAUCCAGUUCUCCAAGCCAGGCGUCACCAUCCUGCUUGACGGACCCUCCGGCUACGUCAUGAGCGACGGCACCCUCGUCCAGAAGCGCAGCAAGCGUCAUGUAAUAGGUGAGUCUGGUAUCAUCACCUCUGAUGGUCAACAGAUCCAGUUGGAGCACGGAGUGAAAGUGGUCCUUGUUGGUCCCUCCGGUAUCCUCCUCUCCAACGGCAAGAACAUCCAGCUGCAAGUUACCUGUCUCCUCGCCAUCGUGGUCACCUCUCGUGCCUACGUCCUUAUUGGACCUUCAGGUGCCGUCUCCGCCACAGGACAUAACCGCCAGUUCUCUGCUGAUGAAGCUGCCCAAAAGGCCGGUACCCAGAGGGAGUCCGUAACUCAGUAUGCCGCCGGACCACAUGAUGUGGUCGGAGCUUCAGGUAUCGUCAGACCUACCGGAGUGAACGUUCAGUUCACCCGGGAAGAAGCCGAGAACCAGUACAAUGUUUUGGUGGGUCCCUCCGGGAUCGUCACCAGAGAUGGCCAAAACAUCCAGUUCACUGCCGAACAGGUUGGCCGCCAGAAGCGUGACCUAGUGGGACCCUCUGGUAUCGUCAGAACAGAUGGCAGAAAUGUCCAGUUCACCCAGGAAGAAGCCGAUAACUAUUUCAAUGUUGUGAAGGGACCCUCCGGUAUCGUCCGAAAAGAUGGCAACAACAUUCAGUUCACCGCUGAACAGGCUGCCCGCCAGAAGCGUGCCCUAUUUGGUCCCUCUGGCGCUAUCUUGGAUGAUGGCACUCAAGUCCAGUUCAGCAAGGCAGGUGUCACAGUCCUACUGGAGGGACCCUCUGGCUACGUCUUCAGUGACGGCACCCUCGUCCAGAAGAAGAGCUAGGAGGCAAGACUCAGAAUACCUGACCCAAAACUCUGUCUACGACUCUUCUCUGUAUUGGUUGUACUAUAAACAGACACUUACAAAAUAAAGAAUAUGCAAAUGCAAUGAACAAC